AGUUGUUUCGCCCAGUAGGUAGUCUGGUUUGUCAUAACAUCCUGUGUGUAAGUGUGUUCUACAACAAGGAGGCUGGAACAGACAACGGCAACUAGUUCAGUGAGGAAGAAAUAACGGAUCAUAAGCCAGAGCUCUCUGUCAUGGGCAAGGCGAAGGCCAACGCUGGGCCCCUGGCCCGGAGGCCUGAUAACUCUGCUUUCAAACAGCAGAGACUGCCUGCCUGGUCCCCCAUGCUCACAGCUCAAACCGUCCUGCCUUUCUUCUACGGUAUGGCUACUGUGUGUGUGCUGCUGGGAGUGUGGCUACUUGUCACCGUGCAGAAUACACAUGAACUGAAGGUAGACUACACACACGCAGGGUCAUGUGAUAAGUGUUUUGAGAUGCGUAAAGACCGUGCCAAUGCGAACCAGAGCUGCAACUGCACUGUGGUGUUUAACAUCGAGAACACGUUCAAGGGAGAUGUGUUCUUCUAUUACGGCCUGAUCAACUUCCACCAGAACCUCCGGCAAUACAUGGACUCCAGGGAUGAUGGACAGAUGAUUGGGAGAAAUAAAAACCUCAAGAACCCAAGCUCCUAUUGCGAGCCCUUCAUAAAGGACAAGAACGGACUCCCUAUUGCCCCUUGUGGGGCUGUAGCCAACAGCAUGUUCAACGACUCCUUCACUCUGGUGUACCACUCAGCAGCGAGCAGUCUGGUGGUUCCUCUGUUCAGGAAGGGCAUCACCUGGUACACCGACAAGAACGUCAAGUUCCGCAACCCACAGCUGGAGAACAAGACCCUAACGUUAGCACAGGUUUUUCAAGGCACGGGCCAGCCUCUGUACUGGCAGAAGCCAGUGUAUGACCUCGACCCCCGGGACAAAAACAACAACGGCUUCAUCAACGAGGACCUGAUCGUGUGGAUGAGGGAGGCUGCCUUCCCCAACUUCAAGAAGCUCUACGGUGUCCUGAACCGAGCCAUAGAACCCUUCACCGAGGGGCUGCCGGCUGGAAACUACAGCGUCCUUAUCUCCUACAACUUCCCAGUGGAGUACUUCCAGGGCAGAAAGGAAGUGGUCCUGUCCACAGUCAGCUGGUUUGGGGGUCAGAACAACUUCCUGCCCAUAGCCUACCUGGUCACAGGCUGUCUCAUCCUGCUCCUCGCUGUCAUCCUCACCGCCGUCUGGUGGAAGUUUGGUAAGAACGGACGGAAUAUGGAGGAGUGAUGGAAAAGGUGACGAAGAGAUAUAUGGAAUUCAUAAUACUGUACAUACAGUGAAUGUGAUUAUUAAAAUGGUCAAUAUGUAUGUAGUUCUAGAUUAGAGAUGGGGGUUUGUGUUUUCGGCAUUUGAUCAUCAUGAAUGCUUGUACUUGGUUUAAUUUCCCUACAUGACCUUGUGGUGGCAGUAGUGCUGUUAGAAUGAAACGAGGUGGGAAACCAUAGGAAAUUGUUUUCAGUGAUAAUUUGUCUGUGCUUGAAUAUGCAUUAAAAACAUACUUUGGUGACUAAGUAUUUUUUAAACCUCCCA